AUGAGCGUGUUUAGCCAGCUUUCCGAAUCGGCCAAGCAGAACCCAUUCAGUCUGCCAGUCAGAUCUGCGAACUGCGCCAGUGGAGCUCCAGCCGCUGGGCAAGUCGAAUUCGGAACUGGCAAGUACUAUGCUCUGUGUGCUUUCGGAGGAGUUCUUUCCUGCGGAAUCACCCACACCGCUAUUGUGCCACUUGAUCUCGUCAAGUGCAGAAUUCAGGUAAACCCAGAAAAGUACACUGGUAUCGGAGCUGGAUUCCGUACCACCGUAGCCGAGGAGGGAAUGCGAGCUCUUGUCAAGGGUUGGGCUCCAACCUUGAUCGGAUAUUCCGCUCAAGGACUUGGAAAGUUCGGAUUCUACGAGGUCUUCAAGAAUGUUUAUGCUGAUAUGCUCGGAGAAGAGAAUGCCUACCUCUACAGAACUUCUCUUUACUUGGCUGCUUCCGCUUCUGCCGAGUUCUUCGCCGAUAUCCUCCUUGCCCCAAUGGAGGCUACUAAGGUCCGUAUCCAGACCGCUCCAGGAGCCCCACCAACACUCCGUGGAUGUGCUCCACUUAUUUACAAGACCGAAGGACUCACUGGAUUCUACAAGGGACUCCCACCACUCUGGAUGAGACAGAUCCCAUACACCAUGAUGAAGUUCGCUUGCUUCGAGAAGACCGUGGAAGCUCUCUACCAAUAUGUUGUGCCAAAGCCAAGAUCUGAGUGCUCAAAGGGAGAACAACUCAUCGUAACUUUCGUUGCUGGAUACAUCGCUGGAGUUUUCUGCGCUAUCGUUUCCCAUCCAGCCGACACUGUCGUCUCCAAGCUCAACCAAGAUUCUCAAGCAACCGCUGGUGGAAUUUUGAAGAAACUCGGAUUUGCCGGAGUAUGGAAGGGACUUGUGCCACGUAUCAUCAUGAUCGGAACUCUUACGGCUCUCCAAUGGUUCAUCUACGAUUCUGUCAAGGUCGCCCUCAAUCUCCCACGUCCACCACCACCAGAGAUGCCAGCUUCCCUCAAGGCCAAGCUUGCCGCCCAGCAAUAA